UUCACCCAGUCCUGCAGCUGCUUCAUGGCCCCGGGACAGGUGUUCGGUUGGUUUGGCAACCUAGUCACUUGUGCGAGAGUCCUGGCCCGCGGGCACCUGGGCAGACGCUCGGAUUUGGGAGAAGUGGCCCCAGAAAUAAAAACAUCUGAGAGACAGACCGCUGUGGCCAUUGCAGAUCUGGAAUGGAGAGAAAUGGAAGCAGAUGACUAUGGUACAAAUGAGGCUCAGGACAGUGACUUCCCAACAGUGGAGAGGAGCAGGCUGCAAGAGAUGCUAUCGUUGUUGGGGCUGGAGACCUACCAGGCCCAGAAGCUCAGCCUCCAGGACGCCCUGCAGAUCAGCAGCGACAGCAUGAGGAACUGGGCUCCUCAGGCUCCCAAAGACUUGCCCUGGAACUUCCUCAGGAAGCUACAGGCGCUCAAUGCCGAGGCCAGGAGCACCACCAUGGUGCUGGACAUGCCCCCGGAUGCCAGGCCUGCGGAGAAGGAGAGCCAGAUGGAAGAGGAGAUCAUCUACUGGGACGCCUCCGAGGACAUCUCUGCAGACAUCUAUUCCUUCUCAGAGCUGCCGACGCCCGACACGCCUGUGAACCCCUUGGACCUUCUCUGUGCCCUUCUGCUCUCCUCAGAUGGUUUCCUACAGCAGGAAAUUGUACUGAAAAUGUCCCUGUGCCAGUUUGCACUCCCUCUCAUCUUGCCCGACUCGGAGAAUCACUACCACACGUUUCUGCUGUGGGCCCUGAGGGCUGUGGUGCGGACAUGGUGGGCACAGCCCCCACGGGGGGUGGGCGGCCUCCGAGAGGACAGUGCGGUGCUGUCCCGAGCCCCUGCCUUUGCCUUUGUGCGCAUGGAAGUCAGCAGCAACUCCAAGUCACAGCUGCUCAACGCUGUGCUCAGCCCCGGCCACCGGCCGCGGGACUGCUUCUGGCACCGCGACCUGAGCAUAGGCACCAACCCCCGGGAGAUCGCAGAUGGGCUGGUGGAAGUGUCCUGGUUCCUCCCCAGUGGCAAGGAGGACCUGGACGUUUUCCCGGAGCCCGUGGCCUUUCUGAACCUGCGGGGCGACAUCGGGUCUCACUGGCUGCAGUUCAAGCUCUUGACCGAGAUCUCAUCUGCCGUGUUCAUCCUGACUGACAACAUCAGCAGGAAGGACUACAAGCUGCUGUACUCUAUGCGGGGCUCAGCCACCAAGUACUACUUCAUCCUGAGCCCCUACCGUGGCAAGCGGAACACAAACCUCAGGUUCCUGAACAAGCUCAUCCCAGUGCUGAAGAUGGACCACUCUCACGUGCUGGUGAAGGUCAGCAGCACUGACAGUGUGGGCUUCGUGCGCCGGGUCCGCUCCAUCGUGGCGCAUGUGGCCCGGUCCCCUUGCAGGAGGCUGUCUGUGGAGGAGAUGGCACAUGCGGCCCGCAAGCUGGGGCUCAGGGUGGAUGAGGACUGUGACGAGUGUCAGCGAGCGAAGCAGCGCAUGGAGCGGAUCACCAGGAGGAUCAAGGACUGUGACGCCUACCGUAGGGACGAGCUGCGGCUGCAGGGGGACCCUUGGCGGAAGGCAGCCCAGGUGGAGAAGGAGCUGUGCCAGGCCCAGCGGGCGGGGGACCCUCCUGACAAGGGCAGGGUGGAGCUGGGGCACCGCCUGCUGGAACUUCGCACACAGCAGAACUGCCAGGACCCAGCCUGGGGGCUGCAGGAGUUCAUCGCGGGCAUCAGCAGCACUUCGCUGGCCGAGAAGCAGUACUUCCUGAGGUGGAUGGAAUGGGGACUGGCGCACGUGGCCCAGCCAAGGCUGCGGCAGCCUCCUGAGACCAUUCUUACCCUGAGACCCAAACACUGUGGCAUGGUGGACUUCAGUGAGUUGCUCUGGCCCGAGCCCCUGGGGGUAGAACACUUCCUGCGGGAGAUGGGACAGUUUUAUGAGGCAGAAAGCUGCCUGGUGGAGGCAGGGAAGCUGCCGACAGGCCAGCGGCGGUUUGCCCACUUCCCAGGCCUGGCCCUGGAGCUGCUGCUGAAGGGGCUUCCUUUGGAGCUGAUCGAUGGCAGCACGCUGAGCACGCCCCUGCGCUGGGUCACGGGGCUCCUGAAGGAGCUGCACGUCCGCCUGGAGAGGAGGUCACGCCUGGUGGUCCUGUCGGCACUGGGUGCACCAGGCACCGGGAAGUCCACGCUUCUCAACACCAUGUUUGGGCUGCGCUUUGCCACGGGGCGGGGCUGUGGCCCUCGAGGGGCCUUCAUGCAGCUGGUCACCGUGGCCGAGAGCUUCAGCCAGGAUCUGGGCUGUGACCACAUCUUGGUGAUAGACUCGGGGGGCCUGAUCGGCGGGGCCCUGGCCACGGCCGGAGAGAGGUUUGAGCUGGAGGCCUCCCUGGCCACUCUGCUCAUGGGGCUGAGCAAUGUCACCGUGGUUAGCCUGGCCGAGACAAGGGACAUACCACCGGCUAUUCUGCAUGCGUUUCUGAGGUUGGAGAAAACAGGGCACAUGCCCAACUAUCAGUUUGUGUACCAGAACCUCCAGGACGCUUGUGGCCCCGGCCCCAGGCCACGGGAGUGGAGGCCACUCCUGGAGCCCCCUGGAGAUGUGAACAGAGCCACAGCACAGAUGGAGAAGCAGGGUGACGGCAUCCGGACGCUGGCUGACCUGGCCUUUUGUGACCCUGAGAAGCAGCACGUUUGGCAUAUCCCUGGCCUGUGGCAUGGGGUGCCUCCCAUGGCCACGGUGAGCUUGGGGUACAGUGAGGCCAUUUUUGAGUUAAAGAGGUGUCUGCUGGAAAACAUCAGGAACGGCCUGUCCAACCAAAACAAAAACAUCCAGCAGCUUAUUGAGCUGAUGAGAAGGCUCUGAGCGCUAGGAAGGGGCCUGGGCUGUGCCUGGUUCCUGACCCUGUAGAAGGGAGAAGGGCGAGAGCCUGGGGGUAGGGGGCUGGGGUUCCCUAAACAGUGUUGAAAAAGGAAGUGACUGAGCAGACCUGCCCAGAGAUGCUCCCAGGAGCCUUGUGGGCCUGGGACUGAGUGUGGGCACGCAGCAGGAAUUUGUUCUGUGUGCAGCUCCUUUCCAGGCCUCUGGGCUCUGGCUCCCUUUUCUUCACUCCUAGGGUGGGGGGUGGUACCCCUGCAGCCCAUCCGGUACCUGGGGAGAGGCCUGAACUCCGUCCUGAGGAAGCAGAGGCAGGCCCUUCCUCCAUGAUCUGCUGGUCCCGACUGACCCCCACCAAGAGUCGCCCCGGGCCCCCUCCGCCUCCUGCAGCCAUGUCUGCCCCACCCCAGACUGUGAACUCCUUGGGGAUGGGGCUGUGUGCGACCUGACUAUACCCCCAGGGCCUGGCACACUGUAGGCGCUUAAUAAAUGUUUGUUAAAAGAGUGGA